AUGGGAAUGGAAUCGUGGUGGUCGAAGUUUAUUUCUGUAUGUAGUUUUAUUUUGCUAUUACUCAAUGCCAAUCACUGUUUUUCACCUGUACAGAAUCAGGCACUUGGCCAGGUUGAUGAGUGCUCAGCCUUGCUGCAGUUCAAGGAAAGCUUUGUAAUUAGCAAGUCUGUUUCUGCAGAUCCUCUUGCUUAUCCGAAGGUUUCAUUUUGGAUGCGAGAAGGAGAUGAGAAUCGGAGUAAUUGUUGUUCAUGGGAUGGUGUUGAGUGUGAUGAAGACUUUGGCCAUGUUGUCGGCCUUGAUCUCCGUAGCAGCUGUCUCUACGGUUCUAUCAAUUCCAGCAACACUCUCUUCCGCCUUGUUCACUUGCAGAGACUUGACCUCUCAGAUAAUCACUUCAAUUUCUCUCAAAUACCAUCAAGGUUCGGUGAUGAUCUUUCGAGUCUGACAUAUCUCAACCUUUCAAAUUCCUUGUUUUCCGGAGAAAUUCCAUCAGAAAUUUCAAAGUUAUCGAAGCUGUCUACCCUUGAUAUGUCGUUCAAUGAUCAGAAAGCUAAUGAUGAUAGUUUCUCUUUGAAACUGACCAAUGCCAACAUGAGAAGCCUGGUUCAAAACUUGACCGCCAUAAAACAACUUCAUCUUAAUUGGGUAGAGAUGUACUCCACUGUGCCUGAUAUCUUGGUCAAUGCAUCUUCUCUCACAUCUCUCCAACUUCGCGGUUGUGGUUUGAAUGGGGAAUUCCCAAUUGGCAUUUCCCACCUACCAAACUUACAGGUUCUCUAUGUGCAAUGCCCUCAAGAAAUUGAAUGUUGCCAGCACGAAUUUCUCUGGCCAACUGCCUACCUCCCUCGGAAACCUUCAUUCCUUGACUCUUUUUGCCAUCUCAUUUUGUAA